GUCCAGAACGAACCCCAGCAAGCCUCCGGAAAUGGGGACCCGCAGUUGCAGUGCUUCCGUCGGGGGACCACCUGGAAACUGCAGGACACGUGUGCAUCCUGAAAGAUGCCUUUGACUUUGAAAGCCCGUCGGAAAUCGCAAGCCUCUUGAGGGCUGACGAGUUCGAGGCAGCGCUGGCCCUUCACCUCUACCGGGGAGGCCGACUUCUGCAAGGUCAUGGCAUUCCCUUUGGAGUCAUCUUUGGUGGAACUGAUUUAAAUGAAGACGCUCACCAGGGAGAAAAGAACAAGGUCUGCGGGCUCAGACGAGUGAAGGAUCCUCUUUAUUUGGUGGACGCGUUUUCAGACUGGCACCGAGAAGAGCCGCACGUGUACAUGGUGAUCGUGGGCCCCGAGGUCGACCCCGUGUUUACAAGGGAAGUGAAGGCCAGAGUGAGAAGGGCCGCCGGGGUACGCCUGCUCGGGGAGAUGGCUCAGGAAGACCUCCACGCGGCCAUGAAGAACUGCUUCGCGGUGGUGAACUGCUCGGUCUCCGAAGGCAUGUCGGCGGCCAUUCUGGAGGCAAUGGAUCUGGAGGUUCCGGUGCUGGCAAGGAACAUCCCUGGGAACGCCGCUGUGGUGACACAUGAGGCUACGGGGCUGCUAUUCUCAGACCCUCAGGAAUUUGUUCAGCUCGCGAAGAGGCUGGUUGGGGACCCCGCGUUAGAAAAGGACCUCGUGGCCCAUGGGCGGGAGUACGUGAGGCUGCACCACUCGUGGCAGGCAGAGAGAGACACCUACCAGCAGCUUGUCAGGACGCUGGGGCGUGGCCCCGAGGACUAGGGCUGUCCGGUUAGCACCCGUGCCCUUCCACCCCCACCACCAGAUGCUCAGAGACCAUCUGGGCCCGCCGGUCCCGGGCAGGACAAAUGCACGCUGGCCCACGGGAGCCCUGAUGCAUCGACCAUGCUCCCAGGGCGUGGCCUGCCCCAGCCCCCGCGCAUUCAGACACCGUCCUGUGUGGAUGCAGCCUGACAGAGGGCCGGUGCAGGUGCGGGAGGGGAGGCUGGUUUCAAGGGGGAUUGAGGAGAGGGUUGGGUCAGAGGCUGGGCCUUGGGAACUGGCCGUGGGAGCAGGCUUACUUGUAGCCACAGUGCAGAACCCCCACCUGUGCUGGACCACCCCCCACCUGUCCUGGACGACCCCCCCCCGUGCUGAGCGGCC